AUGAGAAGAGGUGCUAAGAGGAAGACUUCUCACAAGGACGAAGCUUCCAAGGAGCCGACACAGCCGAUUGAGGGGAAUGAGAAGAAUGAGCCCAGCCAAUCGGCUGAGGGAAGCAAAGACGAGCAUAGAAAGCCGGCUGAAGAGAAUCAAAUAGAGCUAAAUGAGCCAGCUCAGGAGGAGCCGAGCAAGAAAGUGGAUGAGGAGCCGAAUAAGAAAGCUGCUAAAGGUAGAGCUAAGAGAGCCAGGACUUCGAAGCCUGAGGCUGAGGAGGAGUAUUUUCCUGACAAGAGGAAUUUGGAAGACCUAUGGCAACAGGUCUUUCCAGUUGGCACGGAGUGGGAUCAGUUGGACAUGGUGUAUCAAUACAAGUGGAACUUCUCUAAUUUAGAAGAUGCAUUUGAAGAAGGUGGGCUGUUAUACAAUCAAAAGGUUUACCUCUUUGGUUGUACAGAGCCGCACUUGGUCUCUUUCCAGGGUCAAGGAAAAGUUACAAUGAUUCCUGUUGUGGUUGCUGUGGUGUCAACUUUUCCCCCUUCUGACAAAAUUGGCAUUAAAUCAGUACAGAGGGAGACUGAAGAAAUUCUACCUAUGAAGCAGAUGAAAAUGGACUGGGUUCCAUACAUCCCAUUGGAAAAUAGGGAUUCUCAAGUUGAAAGACUUGAAUCCCAAAUUUUCAUUUUAAGUUGCACUCAGAGAAGGGCCGAUUUGAAACAUUUGAAGUUGGAGCGUGUGAAGAAGUUCGAGUACUGCUUACCUUACUUCUACCAGCCUCUCCAGGAAGAUGAACUCGAACAGAGCACGGUGGUUCAGAUCUUAUUUCCGAUAGAUCCCAAGCCAGUUUUCUGCGAGUUUGAUUGGGAAUUUGAUGAACUUGAGGAGUUCACGGAUAAGCUUAUUGAGGAAGAAGAGUUGUCUGCAGAUCAAAAAGAUGCUUUCAAGGAUUUUUUGAAAGAGAAAGUUCGAGAAGCAAAAAAUGCUAACCGCGAGGCAAGGGAAGCCUGUAGAAAGGCCUUGGAAGAAAUGAGCGCGGAAGCCAAGGCAGCAUUUGAGAAUAUGAAAUUUUACAAAUUUUAUCCAGUGUCCACUCCUGAUACUCCUGAUGUAUCUAGUGUCAAGGCUCCAUUCAUCAACAGAUACUACGGGAAGGCUCACAAGGUUCUGUGA